AUGGAAAAAACAUUUUUUUGGUUAACCCUCGUAUUAAAUAUAAUCUUUUUUUCGUUCCUUACGACUUCAUUUUAUUUGUUAUUUUCACCAAAAGUUUCAUUACCUCCAUUACCGCCUAUCUUAGAGGAAGAGUUCUGGAAUUUAACAAUUAUUCAUACAAAUGAUGUCCAUUCUCGUUAUGACCAAAUUAAUUCCGCUGCUACUGAUUGUACCAAAGAACAAUUUGAAGCAGGAAAUUGUUAUGGUGGGACGGCCAGACAUAAAACUUUGAUUGAUAGGCUGAGGAACAAAAGUAAUAAUUCGCUAUUAUUGGAUGGUGGUGAUCAAUUCCAAGGAUCGAUGUUCUUCACGUAUUAUGGUGUAAAAAUUAAUUCCAAAGUUUUAAAUUUACUCGGAUAUAAUGCUACGGCCAUUGGAAACCACGAAUUUGAUAAGGGUCCAGAUUCUCUUGCAGCCCAUCAUUCACGUUUGACCAUGCCAAUUGUGUGUGCAAACAUUAAUACGACUUUAAAUCAUUCACUCCGAAAAUACAUAAAACCAUAUCACAUCUUCAAGGAAUACGAUCUCGCUGUUAUCGGUUACAUCACUAACACAACAGGAGGUAUCUCAAAUGCCGGUCCUACCCUAAGCUUCUAUGACCCUAUCCCAACCGUUCAAUAUUACGUAAACAAACUUCGCGCUAAUGGAAUUAAAAGAAUCUUGACCAUUUCCCAUAAUGGAUACGGUCCUGAUAAGGAACUUGCCGCUAAAACUUAUGGAGUUGCUGUUCAUAUUGGUGGUCAUAGUCAUACCCUUUUAGCGAAUGAUACAACUUUGCCAGAUUAUGAUCAUGCUUUAGGACCUUAUCCAACUGUCGUAAGAAAUGCUUUGGGCGAAGAUACUUUAAUCGUUCAAGCGUUCUGGUCUGGAAAAUAUAUCGGCCACCUUGACGUUACUUUUGAUAUGAAAGGACGAGUUGUGAACUAUACGGGGGGACCGAUUUUAGUUGAUCAAUCAAUCCCUCAAGACCCUGGUGUUCUAGAACUUGUUAAGAAAUGGCGUGAACCUUUCGAUAAAUAUGUUAAAAUAGUUAUAGGAAAAGCCAAAGACGAUUUCAAUCAAUUAAAUUGUCAGCGAGGAGAAUGUACUAUGGGAAAUUUAAUCACUGAUGCAAUGUUAGAAUCAAGAAAUAAUAGUCAUGCGGCUUUAAUGAAUGCAGGUGGAAUUAGAGCUUCCUUAUUAAAAGGAAAUAUAACUCGAGAGAAUGUUAUUACCGUUCUUCCAUUUGAAAAUUCCUUGGUGGAAAUUGAAAUGACUGGACAAAAUAUUACGGACAUGUUAGAAGGCGUUGUUAGUCGAUGGGAAAAUAAAUUAUCCCGAAAGAAAAUCACUAGUUUUAUACAAGUUUCAGGAAUUCGAUUUACAUAUGAUUCUUCUAGGAUGAUGUAUGAUAGAGUGUUGGAAGUUAAAAUAAGAAAUCCAAAAACUAGAAAAUUUGAAUCUAUAAAUUUGAGUGAACCUUAUAAAAUCUUGACCAAUGAUUUUAUUUCAAAUACCGGUGAUGGAAUACUCCCAUAUCCAAUCGAAUAUAUUCCAAUUGGAAAUGAAGAAGUUGAAGUCGAACAUUAUAUUAAAAGUCGAUGCAUGAUCAAACCUUACUUGGACGGCCGUAUAGAAGAUAAAUCUAUCAAACAUGAAGAUAUUAAACCAAUUAAUAUACAUGAACCGAUACAUUUCCGUUAUCAGUUAUGA